ACAACAGCUGCCACGCUGGAAAUUAAAGGUCCUGAUCUCACUUGUUUCAGAUCGUAACACAGCUUCCACCCGGCUCUGGCUAAAGCAGCAAUGGCACCGCAAGUAGUAACAUACGGAAAAAGAAGGGGGUGGAGUAGGAGAAAGCUGGGAUUGCUCACAGGAAAAACAUCCGGAGAAGUCAAUCUGUUGAUCAUCAAGAAAGGUAUGUGAGGAACAGAAGUGUGAAGAAGAGGUCUUCCCCUUGGCCAUGAAUUAUGUGGAUCGCUACCUAUCUUCAGUCCAGAUGCGGAAAAGUCACUUGCAGCUUCUGGGGGCUGUCUGCAUGCUCCUGGCUUCCAAGCUGCGAGAGACCAUGCCCCUGACUGUGGAGAAACUCUGCAUUUACACAGACAAUUCCAUCACAGCGCAGCAGCUCCUGGACUGGGAGGUUCUAGUUCUUCAGAAGCUAAAGUGGGACCUAGUGUCAGUGAUAGCGAAUGACUUCUUGGCUCACAUCCUCCAUCGGCUCCCACUUCCCAAGGACAAGGUGGAACUGGUGAAGAAACAUGCGCAGACCUUCAUUGCCUUGUGUGCCACAGAUUACACUUUCACCAUGUACCCUCCAUCCAUGAUCGCAACGGGCAGCAUUGGAGCAGCCAUCCACGGCCUGUCUCUCUUCCCCCAUGCUGGAGAGGCGCUCACAGAGCUGCUGGCUAGCAUUACCGGCACGGAGUUGGACUGUCUGAAAGCUUGUCAGGAGCAGAUUGAAGCAGCCUUAGCCGAGAGCUUGAAACAGGGCUCCCGAUCCCAAGAGUACCCCUCUACCAAGACUUCUGCUUACCCAGCCAGCGAGGAUGGCAACGUUACCAGCACGCCUACAGAUGUCACAGACAUCAACCUGUGAUGAAGCCCGCCCUUCCUGAAAGCCACCCAGCCCCAUGAGAACUGGACCUUGCUCUGGAAGCUGUGAGACCUUCUGGUUCCUACCGUGCCUGUUAACUCCGUCUAUCGGGAACACGCUGAGGAUCUGGUCCUCAUGCUAGGUGGGUGGCAAAAGUUACCUGCUGUCCAUCCAUCAGCCAAGCUGCAUUAGAGAAGGGUGGGAAGGAGAGGUGUUGGUGACCCCUGAGGAACAGGGAACCAGGUGGGUCUUGGAGGCAGGUUAGCAUCAUGCAGCAAGUCACUGCCUAUAUGCUAACUGGCCUCUCCAGGUGGCAGCAAGGGGAAUCUUUUCAUGGUGCUAGGGUUAAAAGGCGGAUCAGGAGAGGGCAAAAAGAUCUUAACUACAGUUUUAAAAGUUCCUCAGUUUGAGUUCAUCUUAAAACUAGUUGACAACUCUUUGCUGCCUCGGGGAGAACCUCAGCCUUAACCAAGCUCAGCCUUUUUCACGUGCCCAUUGCGUGCCUGGUGAGGGAUAGCUCUGCUACUAUCUCGAUUUCCACGACAAAGAACCAUUUGUCCAAUACAAAGCAGCCCCCAGACCAUAGUGCUGCCCAUUGGCUUGUUUUGUGGGCAAGAUGCUGGGAUUAACCAUCAGUUAAUAAACCACGGGAAGGAAAAUAACAGAGGCAUGAAAAUUCUUAUCCUACCUGCUCCGUGCCAGGGUGGUUCUGGCUCUCCUUUGCAGGAGGGUGUAGUGGGGACUGCUUCUGCCAUAGACUGAGGAGCAAGCAUGUGGCCUAAUGUUUCCUGGCUUUGUUUUGUUUUUUUGCUUGCUUUGUGUAAGCGCUCCCUGUCCUUGUGGGCUAACUCUUCAGAGCUGGUCACUAAGGUAAAAAGCCCUUGCAACAGCUAACAAAUACUCUUGGCAUGAGGUUUGGUGCUGGUGUGAGGAGAGAUUGUGGCCAUUUCGCUUAAGUUACGUUUGCUUCCUGCUGUUUCACAAACACUGCUUAAUUUAUUGUUAAAUAACUGCGAGGAAUGGGGCUGGUGGGGAGGAGGAACUUCUCCGUUGGAGGGUAGGGAUACCUUCCAAAAUACACGUGACGCUCUGUCACCCCUCUCCAUUAACCUACUGCCACAGGUGCCAUGCAUGGAAGAUGGUUAGUUAGCUUAGACAUAUGACUUAUAGAUAUACACUGAAUGUGCUGCUAAAGUCCAAGGCGUGCAUUAACUCUUCCAGGGGACUUCGAAUGCACCCCGAGAACCCAACAGAGCACAAGAAUUGCAUUGCCCUUUACACAUAAAACCAUACAUUAUAUAUAAAUUCUGCUGAGCACUCUAGGCGAAGAUCGAAAAGAGUUUUGUGUUUUAUUGUUAUUGUUGAUGCUCUUGUUUGUUAGUCUUAAAAAGGUAUUGAAAAAAAUGCUGCUUUUAUGACACCCUAGUUUUCCAGGUCAACAUGUUAUGAAGCCCAUAAGAUUCCUGUCUGCAAAGGUGGGAUGUAGAACAUUGCUGCUUAUCACGACUUCCAACCCACAGUGCACAGCUCAUUUUAUGACUGUGUCACCCUCCACUGGGGACAGAGGAACGAGAACACAAAUAACUUCCUCCCAGUUGUUGGAAAGAGUCUUGUUUAUCAGGUGGAGAAAGCUCAGGCUGCUUUUUACUUUCACUUCCACCUUCCUGAUAUGCUUAGCCUGAUUUGCCAAAAACAGAGCCGUCUACCAUUUAUUUUUGCUAACUGGAAAAGUUAGGAGGAGCAAGAUACCAAAGUUUGAAACCCGUUCAGUACACAGGAUAGAAUUAUAUGUUAUAUAUAUGAGUCUUAAUUUAAAAUACAAUUGCUUACCGUACAGGAGGCCCAUUGCUGUUAAAGAACCAAUGACUUUAUGAUGUUGCAAUUAAGUAUUUAAAAAA